AACUUGAAUCCAGUCAGCCUUUAUGUGUACACAUGUGUUUUUUACAGUCUUCCUACAUUAUUUAUUACUGGGAUGCGGUAAAUUGAAUGUCAGAAAACAUUUUAAGCUGCGUGCCCAAAAGCGGCAAUUGGCCUCAAAGAGGACUUUAACGUGCCGACCUACCUCAGGCAGAAGGAUGUUUGGGACCGUGAACUUCUGCUCCAUUACCGGUGUGAUGAUUGAAGGAUGCAUUCUGGCCCAGCAUUAGCUCUCUUAAUCCUCCUGGCCUCUUCUGGGGCACUGACCAGCCCAGACUCCUGCCGCUGUUCUGCGGUUGGACCCUCUGGACUCUCCCUCGACUGCCGAGCGCAGGGUCUGACAGACGUGCCUCCCAUGCUGCCCAGCACCAAAGAGCUCUACCUGCAGGACAACAGGCUGACCGCCAUGCAGCCAGGGCGCCUGGAUUCACUGCACAGCUUAAUGCUCGUCAAUCUAUCUGGCAACCCCUGGCACUGUGGCUGUGACAUUCUGUAUCUGAAGGCUUGGCUCGAGGACCAGGGGGAAGUGGCGGGAAUCCCAACCUGUGCCACUCCGCCCAAUCUGGCACACAAACCCAUCACCGAGCUGACGGUGGCAGACCUUCCUGAGUGCAGCCAGCGUCACUGCCAGAGUACCUGGCUGGACAGUUUCACCAUCCUGCUGUUCUGUGGUCUGGUUGCCACGCUGCUCUGGUGCCUGUGGACGGCUAAGAACUCCUCCUUGACAAUUAUCCUUGAUCGGAGAAUCCAAGGAAUUGAGAGCAAUGUACCGCGAUCCUUCAGGCCAAAAUAUGAAAGAAGACCGGAGUCCUGUUCAACGGAGGUUGAAUCCACACUUGAGUGGACGGAUGACCUGGAGAGGCCUCUGCUUAACAUGGAAAUCUUACCUCAAAUCAUUGACUCUUUGCAUAAGAAACAUAAUAUAAAGAUUAAGGUAACAUGAUGCAUAGGAUUGAUACCAUGCAUACAAAUGGGUGGCCAGUGGAAGAUUUGAAAGGAUGACAAGUGAUUGUACGUUUCAAACAGUACAGUGUUUUGUUUAACUGUACAGGUAUGCCUUUCCACGCUUACAGUUUUUCUUGAUUGCUUUGGCACUUUUCAUGAAAUAUACCAAGAUUCUCACGACUCUAAAGGAAUUCUCAAAACAAUUCAUGUAGCACAACACUAAGGUUUAGCUGCAAAAGCCCAUAUCUCACAAAAACAGAAAAAUGGCAAUACAUGAACAAGAAAAUAGCAACAAAAUCAUGUACUGUAGAAAACCAAAAACAAUUCUGCAUCACUAUGGAAUAUAUUUUUUAAUCAUUUUGAAAGUUUGCACAUUUUCCAUGUGGUGACUAACACGAUGAUCACAUACAUGUAUAGUUGUGGGUGUAAAAUUAUUACAAUGGAAAACCACAUGAUCCAUUUUGACCAACAAGCCUAAAGCAAUUGAAAAUUAUGCCAAAUGAUGACAAUUGUACAAGACCAUUUGUAUACAUGCACUAAAACAUUUGCAAUUUGUGUGAAACAAUGAAAAAAGUUAUUCCGCUGUGCAGAAGUGGCAUUAUGAUAUGGAGAUUAAAUUUGUUGUUGUGCAAUUAUUGACAUUUGAGAAAUGUGCCAAAGCAAUAAAAAAACAUACUUUUAUACACCUGAAAUUCCAAAUACUGUUGUCAGGCUACCUGUAUAAUUUUGACACUGCAAAAUUACAUACAUACAACCAUCUUCAAAUUGCUUAUCAUGGUCAGGGGGCGGGGAGGGCGGGGAGGGUGAAGAGGCCUAUCGUAGACGGCACUGAACAGAGAUCUGAGCUGCUCCCUGCCUGCCAGCUUACAGCAGGACAUGUAGACACACACACACUCACAUGCACAUGUAGGGUAAACAUAUCCUUAUGGGGACCGCUCAUUCAUUUCAAUGGGAAAAAUGCUAACGCUAACUAUGACCUUAACCCUACCCUGCCCUAACC